GUUCGCCCUGCCCACCACGUGCCGUGACGUCACCGCCGUCGUAGGAAGUCGCUGCUGCUGCUGCCGCCGCCGCUGACUCCACGCGCUCGGAGUGGGGGGGGGCUCCACCAGCCAUGGGGGGCGUCCGACUCGAGAUCUUCCGCGUAUCACAAAUGAUAGCUCAACGAAGUGGAAAUUUAUAGCAGCCAAAUGCUGUGGAGGGAAAAUCUGGAGGACCCGGAAGAAAUUCCACGCGACUACGGGGAGAGAGACACCUUAAACUCCAGAUAUACAGCAGGCGUCAAGAUGAUGCUGUACCUGUCCUUCCCCGUCGCCAUGUUCUGGGUGUCCAACCAGGCCGAGUACUUUGAGGAGUACGUGGUGAAGAGAAAGAAAGAAAUAUUCCCGGCGAACGAGUCCAAGCAGAGGCAGGAGCUGGAGAGAUUCAAGAAGUUCAUCCAGAUGAAGCAAGCGAAGAAGCACGAAUGAGCUCUCUCGCGGGAUCCCGUUCCCCACGGACUCCUCGGGAUCGCCCGCCGUGUGAUUUUCGCUCCCCUGCGUGACGAUCUCGAUGGAAAUGUAUCUCUCUCCCAUUCGGGCCUUCUCUCUGCAGGCCUCUUACGGGCGUCAUCACGCGCGGUGGCCUCAUUCGCCUUAGUAGGGCGACGUGGCCCCUCACGGGGUAGAUGUUGAGGUUUCCCACAGCCUGACAAGUCACGUCGCUCCUGUGUACGGGAUCGUUGUACCGUCUCGCUCCCGUGUCGACGGCUGCUGUUGCUACGGUCGCCCUCGUCGCUCGCCGAUCUCCGUGGACCACAGACGCGCAACAAGCUAGGGGAGGAGAUGUAACGCGACGGGAAAAGUUUCCGGUGAAACCGCCGCACUGCGGCCGUGGCUGCUGCCGUGACUACACGGUCCUACGCCAAGCGGUUUUGGUGCCGAGUCAACAAUCGGUAAUCGUCACACAUCUGCGCUCACCGGAAAGAAAAAACAACUUUUCUCGCCGUCGUGUUACGUUACCGCGGCUGCUAAUCUGCCCUUUGUGGUCUACGCAGAGCAGCUGCGCUGGGCGACUCGAGCGACGGCUGGCGAGGGGAGGUUACUUAACGGGAGCGGCCUCUCGUCGCGACGAUCGUCGUCGUAGUUUUUAUUGCGCUGGGCAGCGGCUCGCACGGGUGAGACACGGAUCUCCUCCGUCGGUUGUGGGCUAACGGAGGUGAUGGGAGGGGAGGGAGGUGGGGGGGGGGUAGCAAAGCACACGUCGGAUGACCUUCAUCGCCACCCCGACUGGCAGGCCGGGUACUCAAGUCGCCUUGUGCCGCCGCUGAAGUCGGCCUAUCCAGAGCGCGUCGAGAUGUGAAGUGUCGUGAUCCCAGACGCCCUGGCGGAGGGGAAGGGCGCUCCGUCGUUUUUCGCUCGCGUACCCGAACAUCGCUCUGCCGUCGGGCGAACGUCGCCGCGUUGGGUCGCGUCCGCUCGCUGGUGUCCACCCAAACCUCGCUUCACCACUUGCUUGUACUCGCUGCUGUGACGACAUUGAUGACGACGAUGAUGAUGACGACGAUGAUGACGACGAUGAUGAUGAUGAUGAUGACGAUGAUGACGAUGAUGACGAUGAUGAUAACGAUGAUGAUGACGAUGAUGACGACGAUGAUGACGACGAUGAUGACGAUGACGACGACAAUGACGAUGAUGAUGUGUGCCCGCUAUAUAAAGUGCCGUUUGCCCUCUU